CCCAGAUUGCGAAAUAUAUAUUUGAAGGCGGGUUUUGGCGUUUGGAGAAGAAGAAGAAGAAGAAAGAAAGAAAAGAGGGUUGACACACUCAGACACACCCCAUUUUGCUGAAUCAAACACACACCCCACUUUCAUUGCACAGUCUCGUGUGUGUCUGAGUCAGAAGAACAAGGAAGAAUCGAAAGAAACAAUGGGUUGGAUCGGUGAGACUAUUGAUUCCAUCAAAUCCAUUCAGAUCCGUCAGCUCCUCACUCAAGCUGUUAGCCUUGGUAUGAUUGUUACAUCUGCACUGAUAAUAUGGAAGGCAUUGAUGUGCAUAACUGGAAGCGAAUCUCCUGUUGUUGUUGUUCUUUCUGGAAGCAUGGAACCAGGAUUCAAGCGGGGUGACAUAUUAUUUUUGCACAUGAGUAAAGAUCCAAUUCGUGCAGGGGAGAUUGUUGUGUUUAAUGUGGAUGGCCGUGAGAUCCCUAUUGUUCACCGUGUAAUUAAGGUUCAUGAAAGGCAAGAUGGCGAGGUUGAUAUUCUCACAAAAGGUGACAACAAUUACGGCGAUGACAGGCUACUCUAUGCCCAAGGUCAGCUUUGGCUGCAAAGACACCACAUUAUGGGUAGAGCCGUCGGGUUCUUACCUUAUGUCGGUUGGGUAACGAUUAUUAUGACCGAGAAACCUAUCAUCAAGUAUAUUCUGAUUGGUGCAUUGGGUUUGCUGGUGAUAACUUCAAAAGAUUAAUAUGAAUGAAUCCAAAUCCAAGUCAAUGGUCUAAACCUCCAAGAAUACUGUCUCAGAAGAUGCCAUCCCUUUUCAUUAGUAUGGUGGACAAAAUUAAUGUUAAGAACUAAAUCAGAUUAGUGACUUUUUCUUUUUAUAAACCUCUUUAUAGGCCUUGAUGGGUUGGCAAUGUUACAUUAAAGCAUGAUUUUAUACUGUACUCUGGUGGUUUUAGCCUUUGAUAUAAUCAAGUAUCUUCAGAUAAUUUUAAAGAAA